AUGAAGACGAUUUUCUCUGUUCCAGACGACGAGGAGGAGGAAGAAGAAGAACGGAAACGAGAGACGAUGAGAACGAGUUUACGGGAAAGAUUUCGGUUCGAGUUGGCGAAUGAAAUCGUGGAGAUGAGCGCGGACGAUCAACUGUUCGAGUACGACCGCGAGGAGUACAAAGCUAUCGACAGAGAAAAACCGUGGAAGAAAGACGCGAAGUUUUUUACCGAGGUGAAAUUAUCCGCUUUGGCGCUGAUUAAAAUCAGCACGCACGCGAAACGAGGCGGGGAGUUGGAAGUGAUGGGGUUGUUGCAAGGGAAAGUGACGCGAGACGGGAAGUUUAUCGUCGCGGACGCGUUUCCGUUACCGGUGGAAGGGACAGAAACGAGAGUGUCCGCGCAAUCGGAGGCGAACGAGUACAUGAUUGAAUACAACGAUUGCGCGAAGAGAAACGGGCGAGAGGAACACGUGGUUGGAUGGUACCACUCGCAUCCGGGGUACGGAUGUUGGUUGAGCGGCAUCGACGUGGAUACGCAGUCGCAGAAUCAAAUGUUUACCGAUCCGUAUUUAGCGAUUGUGGUCGAUCCGGUGAGGAGUCAAGCGAGUGGGAGAGUGGAGAUCGGCGCGUUUAGAACGUAUCCGGAGGGAUAUACCGAUACGAGCAGCAGCAGAGGAGGGAGAAGGAUCGGCGGCGGAGGAGGUUCGUCCUCGGGAGUCGGCGAUUUCGUCCCGUCGGCGAAGAUUGAAGAUUACGGCGUACACAAGGAUAAGUACUACGAGUUGCCGAUUUCGAUUUUCAAAUCAACGUUGGAUGGACAGAUUUUAAAACGUUUGUGGGACGAGUAUUGGGCUUCGACUUUUACUUCGAUGCCUUUGAGCAAGGGUUCCGGGGCGAAGAAUUUCGUGGACGCGUCGGUGAAGGACGUGGCGCAGAAGAUGAGCAAGAUUGACGCGUCGAGAGGGUUUUUAGUAGAAGACGAAUUCCACGGGUUUGGUGGUUUAGGAGGAGGUGGUGGUCAGAAAGGAGGAGGAGGAAGAGCAGAGAUGGAGGAGGAGGAAGGCGGCAUGCGGGCCUUGCUUUUGGACGACGACGACGCCAACGUCGCCGCCGCCGGAAAUGGUUCUGGCGGUGGCGGUAAAGAAAGGAAGGAGAAAGCAACUGCGCAGAAAACUUCCGGCGCUGCUGCGACUGCAACAACGAGCCUCCUCGACGCGAAAACGUUAAAAGCUAUCCGCGGCGGUGCGGACAGCGAAAAGUUGCGCGCCGCCGCUCGAGAGGCGGAAGGCGUCGCCGCCGAACACGCGAAACAGUCCAUCGCGAGAGCGUUGAACGAAAGACUCUUUUGCAGAGCAGCAACAGUUGCCGGCGUCGUCGACGCGCAAAUGCAUGAAUAG